AUUGCUAGUUUUCUGUCAUAAUGGCAACCAUGCACAAACCUUGCAUGUGUUGAGCGCUUUUUGUGUGCAGUUUUUUUGCUCUGAUUUUCUGAAUGCGGUGCGUUUACCUCGCUAGUACGACCCCGGCGGUGAGUCAUUAGUUCAAAACCAGUCAGAGUCAUCUUAUUUAGAGUAUUUUGUUCGUUCCGCAACGAAAUCAUUCCUCAUUUUGCUGGAUCCAGUCGAAGCGUGAGUCCGUUUUCAUUAAUCGUUAACAUGUCCGAUCCAAGGUUACGACAGCUCACUAUUAAAACCGGUGUUGUGAAGCGUUUGUCCAAGGAGAAAACCGUGUACGAGAAGGAAGUCGUCACGCAGCAGAACCGCAUCGACAAAUUGAAGGCAGCCGGAUCGGAUGAUCAUGAUAUUCGGAAGCAGGAGGAAGUUCUGCAGGAAUCACUGAUGAUGGUUCCGGAUUGCCAGCGAAGAUUAGCAAAAGCUUAUGAAGAAUUGAGUGAAAUGCUGAAAAACGAGGAGGAACUGAAGGAGAGCGAACAGUACAUUGCAGCAGUGACGGUUCUGGAGGACGCCAAAGUAAACCUACCUCGGCAGCUGUCCUAA